AUGAAGCCUUUAGACAUCGGAGCCGAUGGCUCCCUCAACGAAGGAUCUCGCAGUCCCGAAAAGGCUGGGUUUGAGGGCAACCAUAAACUGAGGAAUGGAGGGCCGCCGAAUACGACCAGACGAGGCAGCUUGGAAAUUGAGUGCGAAGGGUUCUCCAGCGGUUGUUCAGAUGAUGACAAACAGCUCUCCAGUGAUCAAACGGACGUGGAGUCGGAGCCCGCCGUCUUAGACACUACCACAGCCAUUGCCAAUUUGUACUUGACAUUCGGUACUUCACUCCCGGCCCCAAACUCAUCUGGCUUCUCCGACGAUACGCUGCCAACCUGCCCGGAUCUCAGCCCCUACGCUAAUCCCCACGAAUGGCCGUCUUCUCGGAAGAAGGUCAUGCUCUUCCUCUCAUGCGUCGCAACAGGCCUCACCGCCUACACCGCGGGCGCCUACUCGCCCCCAGCUGACCUCAUGGCUUCCGAGUUCGGGGUCUCACGCACGGCCGUCUUGACUGGCGUAACGACCUUCACGGGAGGAUUUGCCCUGGCCCCCAUGAUCCUGGCGUCGUUCUCUGAGAUCAAUGGGCGGUAUCCCGUCUUCGUCAUCGCGGGUAUCGUGUUUGUGGUUUUCCAAGUCGUCUGUGGCGUGGUGUCGAGCCUUGCCGGCAUGUUGAUCGCUAGGUUCCUGACGGGCGUUGGUAGCAGCGUGUUUAGUACCAUGGUCGGCGGCGUGAUUGCAGACCUGUGGGAGAAGGAGAAGCGCAAUACGCCCAUGGCGCUUUUCAGCGGGUCGGUGCUGAUGGGCACCGGCUUGGGUCCGCUGGUCUCCAGUGUCAUGGUCUACAGGUGGGAGGGGGGCAAUACUGUGGGGCCAGGGGCGACUUGGAGAUGGGUCUUCUGGCAUCAGGUCAUCGCGGACAUGGUCGUGGUGGCUGCUAUCGUCGUGUUCUUUCACGAGAGCAGAGGAUCGGUCCUACUGAGUCGCAAAGCGAGGAAGCUGAAUCAAUGGUAUGAGGCCCUGGAAGAGAAGGGCUUCCCAGGUGUUUGGAUGCCAGUUCAAUCUGCCGAAAAUGGCGACACACUCAUCUCAUCAACAUCCGAUCCACAUCAACCAGGAGACGAAGAGAAAGAAAUAUCGGCACCAGCGCCCCUGAGCGCUCGGGAGAUGGAGGCCAAGGGAUUCGCGCUCCAGCGUAUCCGUUGGCUGGUCAAGGAGGAUGAGCAACGGACAUCAAUCACCAAGAUGAUCUCAAUCUCCGUCUUCCGGCCCUUCCAUCUUCUAUGUACAGAGCCCGUCGUUUUCUUCUUCUCGCUGUGGGUCUCCUUCGCCUGGGCCAUUCUCUAUCUCACUUUCGGGUCGAUCCCUCUGGUGUUCUCCCAGCAGUACGGUUUCAACACGGAGCAAGCAGGCUACAUCUUUAUUGCCAUGAUCGUCGGCUCGAUCCUGGCAACCGUGAUCGGGGUCUUCCAGGAGGAUCUCCUACGCCAUCCCAAAUGGCAACGAAAGGCAGCGACCGACACCGAUGAGGACACAGACAAGUUCUGGUCCUUCGUCCGCCGAAAGUUCCCCGUUGAGGCCCCCGAGUCCCGGCUGUACUUCACCUGCAUCACAUCUAUCCUCCUGCCCGUGGGCCUAUACCUCUUUGGCUUUUCCUCGCAGCCGUCGAGUCACUGGAUCGCGCCGGCUAUUGCGAUAAGCCUGGCUUCGAUGGGAAUCUACUACAUUUACCUCGCCACUUUCAACUACCUCGCCGAUAGUUACCAGAGCUAUGCGUCUUCGGCACUGGCUGCUCAGUCAUUUUGCCGGAACAUCCUUGGCGGGGCUUUCCCGCUGGUUGUGGGCCCGUUGUUCACCAAUCUUGGUGAUCGUGCCGCGGGAGGGCUGCUCGGCGCGAUUGCGACGGCGUUGACUGUUGUGCCGUGGGUCUUGGCCUUCUACGGUGAGAAGAUCAGGAGAAGGAGUAAAUUUGCAGUUUCUUUGGAACACACGUAG